AAUCGAGUCACAUUUAAACGAAAAGUGAGGUUAACGAACCCAUUUUCAAACGCUCGCCUUAGCAUUUACUAGACAUGAUUUUAAGAUAAUUAUUUAAGAUGCACCGUUUCUUUAGUGUUAAAAAAACCAGUUUUGUAAACCUUCCAGUGGCUAGCUUUAAGGAACAUGGCUUUAAUCGACCGAUUUGCGGUGUUUGUCACAAGUUGCAUAAUAUACACAAAGGCUUGAAUUAUUCGACGAAACGCGACACGGCAGCGGAGGCGAGAGUUCGAAAACGAGCCGCGAAGAAAAUUCCAUCGUACGCCGAAAUCCUAGUGGUGACGAAGGGCAGCACCUCGCAACAGAAAGCGCCCGUUAAGGUGCUCAGUUUGCGAGAUCUGAAAUUUUUCACGAGAACAAAUUUGAACUUGGCCGAAUUGUAUAAGUUGAAAGCGUUACGAAAGGCGGAGAACGUCAACCAGCACACCUACCAUAAUUUGACGAUUAUUGAUCACGCACCAAUCGACGAUGUGAAAGCGCAGAUUGAGCUCGAUUUGAAAGCUACCGCAGCCAGUGUUCCACUUGUAGAGGAAGUGAAGCAGUCCGAUUCGGAAUGUGAACCUUUUGAAAGUUUAGAAAGAAUUCCAAGCAACCCUUUACAGCCAGAGGUAUUGGAAGAAGUUGAAGAUCACACACACACUCAAGAUGCGCAUCUCGUCGUACCCCCAACCGCUACCGAAGAGGUGAUUUCGAGAACGCUCACUGCAUAUAUCGAAGUAUGCAACUACCUGAAAUCGCCGCAACGCGCGCUGAACGCGCUCAUUUUCCACCGCAACCACAAGCACAACGCGAAAAAAGUAUUUCCCUCCAUUAAAAAUAUCAACGUCUACAACGGCUUAAUGCGAGGUUUCGCCGCGAAGGGCAACUACGAAAAAAUCGAAGAAAUUCUAAGCUACGUCGCCGAGGAGAGGAUCGACUUAAACGUGCAAAGUUACGCGGCGAUCUUCGAGUGCCUGGGGCGGAUGAACGCGGACGACGGCCACCUGAAACGGAUACGAUCGCACGCGUCCGAAGCGUACCGAUCGGGAAUAUCGUUCGACAGGAUCAUGAACGAGACGAUGUUCGUGAGCGAUCAGCGCGAUGUGGUCCUAAAGGCGAUCCGCAGUCAUUCGCCCAACUACGAACUCAAACCGUCUCUACCGCACUUACAGUAUUCGAACGAGUUAGUCAACGCGCUCAAUCAUCCCGAUCAGUUGAGGCCGCCGUCCGAAUGCGCCGCCAGAACCGAUGGCCUCUUUACAGGCGAAGAGUUGCGGGAGAGAAUUAAUAAGCAAAUCGAAAUUGAGAAGCAUGGCUACGUCACGGGGUUGGGUCAGUUUAAGUACAUUUUGGUUUAGGCAUAGCGUAAAUAC